AAUGGCCAGGCGCUAUUCGACUAUUGGAUGGACUUUUUUAUCCUUGGCAAGCGCUAAACCCUUCUCACUGAUCUCCAGCUUCGAACCCUACAGAGAUGCUGCGGUCAGUUCUCCGAGCAGUCGCCUCAUCGGCGGCGGCGGCGAAACCACAAGCCACCGUCUCCGACAUCCUGAUCCCCGUCUCAGCCGCCGUAUCUCAACAACUAUCCUCGUCUAGAAAUUUCUCGACCAAAGGCACAAAGCAAAGCUCACCGAAGGGGAAGAAAUCGGCGUCCAAGACAGAUGAAGCACCCAUUGGAUCCUUGGACGCUGAAGCCAUCAAUUACCUCACUGAUGGAGCUCGCCUGCGCGCCCUAGCCGAAGACGAAAACAACAAAUCUCUCGAUAUUGGUCCGAAUGGCCAGCCACUCUUCACUGCCGCCGGUUCUCUCUCCCAGCUCAGCAGAAAAGAUGCGUGCACUUACAUGAAAUUUAGUAUGGAGAAAUUGAAAGCGGUGUUGCCUGAGGGAUUGACCAUGGGAAUGCUGAAAGAAUUCGAGGACUCACAGCGAACUGCAUUACUCGUCCGGCACAGUUUUCUGGACCUCCGAGAUAAUUUCCGGCGGAUUGUUGAUCCUACUAUACUGAUUAAUGCCAAAGGUUCCAAACCUCGGAAACAGAUUGUAUUAGAUGGUCCUGUCAGCUGUGGAAAGAGUAUUGCACUUGCGAUGCUUGUUCACUGGGCACGCGAAGAAGGCUGGUUGGUUUUCUAUGUUCCAAGAGGCCGAGAAUGGACUCAUGGAGGACUUUUCUAUAAAAAUCUUACUACUGGUUUAUGGGAUACUCCCGUGCAAGCAGCAAAUAUUCUCAAGGAUUUUAUAAAGUAUAAUGAACAACAUUUGCGAAAGUUGCCCUGCAAAAUAUUUGAUCCUAUUUCCUUGGGAGAGGGUGCAGGUGUUGGACACCCAAAAGGUGAUCAGACUAUGGCAAUACCUGAGGGUCUCACUCUAUUUGAUCUUGUUGAAAGUGGUAUUAGCAACACACACGCAUCUGUUGGAGUGGUUGUUCGUUUGAGGCAAGAAUUGUCUCUUGUGAAAGAUAUGCCUGUUCUUAUUGCAAUUGACCAAUAUAACAAUUGGUUUACAUUCAGCGAGUUCGAGGAACCAGUAACAGUACGGUCUUGCAAACCCAUCCAUGCUAGGGAACUUACAAUUGUCAAUGCAUUUAGGUCCAUGCUUCACAAUGACAUGAUGGUCGGUGCUUUCUCUCAUUCAACUGCAGUGGGGAAACUGCGUCAAGACUUACCAAAUGUUCCCACUGAUGCCCGAUUAAAUUUCCCUCGAUAUACUUUGGACGAAGCUGCUGCUGUUUGUCAUUACUAUCUCAGGCAAAGGCUUAUACGUCGAGAGUCGUUCUCAGAAGAAAACUGGAAGAAGAUCUACUACCUGUCCAAUGGAAAUGGAGCAGAGCUGAGAUGGCUGGUACCCUUCAUGAGAUGAUGCAUCGAACAUGAAAAUACAAGCAAAUAUUUAGUGCGAUUCAAACACAGAAGAGGUUUGGUCUAACUAUCAACUUUUCAUCAGCUUUAAUAAGGUUGUCCUGUUCUUUCAAGUACUCGAUCUUUACAUAGGAAUUGCCAAGGUUGGUAAAAUUUUGUCCAGUCUGGUGAUAUUUACUGCCUUAAACAUUGUAUUACCUUGAGGAUGUGAAUUACUGAGUAUUUAUUACUACCUUAAAGCAUUGUCACCCAA